AUGGCGUCGGAGUUCUCUAAAGGCAAAACACUAGUGGUUUUGGCCAUUGUGAUCGGCUGUUUCGCUGUCCUUUGGCCGAAGAUCUUUUACCCCAUGUUCCAGGCUUCGGUGGCACCGACGACGAUACCACAGCAGCCGAUCAAAGAGCCAGCAGGUGCUCUAUGCUGCGGCGUGGUGUUUGAGAGCGACGCCAAUUCGGCGGCUUUCCUGACCGAGCUGUGCAGCCAGGUGUUGCACAGGCGUGACCAGAUACCGCCGGACAGGACGCUCGCCCUCUGCCACCACGAACUGAUGGACAAGUGUGGCAUCGACCUGGAAGAUGUGGUCAAAUCGGACGUGGACGGCGCCGUGGUCGAUCGUCGACUCAGCAGCAAGUUCCACGGCCGCGUCCGCGCCCAGAACCUCACCCGCUGUCUGGAAAUCAACUUCGGCAUCGACGAGAACCUAGUCAGGGCCAAGAAGAGCUACCACAGACCUUCUGAUGUUUUCUACCCACGACACAUGCGACCGGAGCGACCUCCGCAUUUGCAUCCGGACGUCAUGCAUCCGGCCCUCCGCGAAAAAGGCCGCGUCAUACCGCCCACCCGCACCAUAGAAAAACAGGCCAAGCCCGGCCCUAUGCCGGGAAUGCGUCCGCCCAUGGGAGGAGCCCCUCACAUCGUUUCGCCUUCCCAAGGUUCCGGUGGCAUGGGCAUCUUAAUGCCGAUCUAUACAAUUGGCAUCGUCGUUUUCUUCCUCUACACAAUGAUGAAGAUCAUGUUCAAAAAGCCUGCAUCUGAAGAAGAAACCCUUCCUCGCAUCAAAGAUUUCCAUAUGGAUGCAGAGCAUCGCAAAUACCUUUUUGCAGAAGAGUAUUGUUCCGGAGUUCCAGGCGCAGUGUCGGAAAUGUCCGUCAAAGAAUAUGCCCUUCUGCAGGAACAGCAAAGACAAUUGUUGCUUCAAGAGCAGAGAAGGAGUCGCUCCAAAACCCCAGAAGUCUUCGCCAAAAAAGAUGAAGAAUUGGAACCGGUUUUGGAGCACGUGUGUCAAAAGACGGAAGUGAUUGCCGAAGAAAGCGUUAGCAAAUGCGAACCAGCUCAAGAGGAAUCGAUAGUAGAAGAGAUUGUAGAGGAGGUGAUCAUCCCGCGUAGCCCCAAAAUGGACACGGAUGGCAAACCGAUUGGUCAAUGGUACCUGCCACCAGGAUUUGCCAGCGGAUCGACUGCCAGCGACGAUGACAACGAGACGGGUUCGGAUGACAUUGAUCUCAACGACGCCGACGAAAGAUCACUCCGCCUGGCAUUUGCCGCACUCAAAGCCCAGAAGGAGGAAGAAGUGGAUCAACUGCGCCGCAGACUGGAGGAGACUGAACGAGCCAUGGAGCGUAUCUGUCGCCAGAUGGGUAACGUCACUGACAAACUUUCAACUACCGCCGUGGCCGAGCUACUCGCACCGCACCUGUCUGAUAAGACUAACGAAGAACUUGCGGAUGAAAACGAUCAAGAAUGCAGACCGUGCCAAUUGGAAGAACAAGUUAGUUUGAAUACUCCAGUGGAAGAAAGCAAAGAAUCCUCGGUACCCGAGCCGGUCAAGAUUGCUGUGCUUCAGAGCUCGCAAGAGAUCCAAGAUCCAGUUGAAGAGGAGUUUUGCCGAACGUCAACCGCUGAGAGUGAAUCAUUCCUCCGCUCGUUUGUACGCAGAUUACCAUCUGAAAGGCAGCCAAGUGAGAUGGAAGAAGAUGUUGUGACAGAGAACAUUCUGUCUGCAACUGCUGCACCUGUAGUUGAAACUGUUCAAGAGAAAACUGAAAUAGCAGUCGAAGAAAAGCCAAUAUCUGAAAUUGAAUGCGUCAAGGAAGAAACUAAAGCACAGGAAGAACAAACACAAGUUGAAAUUCAAGAAGUGGUUGAAGAGGUACUAAAAUGCGAAGUUGAAUCUGUUCGAGAGUCAGUGCAAAAAGAUGCAGUCGAAGAGAAAUCUACCCAGGAAGUCGAAUCUGUUGAGGACCAUCCUGUCAAGCAAGAGGUAGAAUCUGCACCUGAACCUAGUCAGCCAAACGAGGAAGAAUGGUGUUUGAAAGACAGCGAAAUAAAAGAAGAAUCACGAGAACCUGAAAUCACAGCUGUUGAAGAAGAGAUACAAGAAACAAUUGUAACACAAGCGGAAUCUGUAUCGGAGUCACCUGUCGUACAAGAGGAGGAAGUCAGCCAAUCUUAUGUCGAAGAACCGAAACCAUCGGAUCCAGAAAUCACGUCAGUAGAAGAACAGACAAACGAAGAGGGAUGCCAGUUACAAGUUGAAGAAACUGUUCAAGAAACGUUCGUAUCAAACGUGGAGUCUGUAGCGGAAUCAUCUGUUAUGCAAGAAGAAGACAUUAAACAAUCUUAUCCCGAAGAAACGAAACAAUCGGAGGCACACGUCACAUCUGUUGAAGAUCAGACAUCAGAAGAGGGAUGGUUGUUGAAUGACGAGCAAACUGUUGAAAAAACCAUUGCAUCACAAGGGGAGUCUGUCCUGGAGACACCUAUCAUGCAAGAAGAAGAGAUUAAACAAUCUUAUUUCGAAGAAACCAAACAAUCGGAGGCAAACGUCACAUCUGUUGAAGAUCAGACACAAGAAGAGGGAUGGCUUUUAAGUGAUGAGGAUAUGGUUGAAAAAACCAAUGCAUCACAAGUGGAGUCUGUACUGGAGUCACCUGUCACACAAGAAGAAUCUUUUGUCGAAGAAAUGAAACAACCAGAAACAGAACUUGCUCAGGAGCUUACUAAUUCUAAAGAGGAUGAGGACAGCCUGCUCACUACUGAAGCCAUUGAAGAAGUGCUGGAAACCAAGGAGUGCAUCCAAGAACUCCAGCCAGAGGACAGCCAAUUGAUGAAUGAGAACACCAUUGAAGAGAUGCCCACACCUGAAACUAAAUCCCACGUCGAAGUUGUUCACGAACAAAUGCAUAAGGAUCCUAUUCUGACUGAGGAAACUAUUGAAUCUGAACAGGUUGAUGACACGGAAAGCCAGUCACAGACAGAGCCGGUAGUCGAGAAGAAGACUACACCUGAACCAGAAUCCCAAGUCAAAGUCGUUGAAAGAAAAACAUCUGAUGAUGAACAUCCGGUCGCCUUUGAUGAAGAAGAGAUUCAAGACGGCGCAUACCAGUUGCAGUCUGAUAACACUAUCGAAGAACAGUCGACGUGUGAAGCUGAAUCUCAAGUUGAAUUAGUCCAUGAACAGACACAAGAGGAAUGUCCGUUGUUGACUGAAAAAACAGCCGAAGAGCAGUCUACAGUUGAAUUGAUUGAACAGCAGAUAGAAGAGCCGGAAUCCCAAUUGCCGACAGAGCUGAUGGUUUCGGAGGAGACUGUAACUGAUCUAGAAUCCCAAGUCGAAAUUGUUGACCAACAGUUGGCUGGCGAACAAGGUCAGUUGUCUACUGACAUUGCUAUCGAAGAGAAGACAUCUGAAAUUGAAUCUUCAACCGUCUUUGAUGAGGAAGAGGCACGUGAGGUUUGCCAGUUGCAGUCUGAGGUUAUGGAAGAAAAUUCGGCACUUGAUGCAGAAUCUCCAACGGAAUUGGUUCAGGAAGACAUACCAGAGGAAUGCCCAUCGUCCACUAGGAAAACUGUUGAAGAGCAGCUUACAUCUGAAGCCGAAUUACCAGUUGAAUUGGCUGAGGAACAGACUGCAGAGGAAGAAUGCCAGUCGUACACAAAGCUCAUUGUCGAAGAAAAUACUGUUUCUGAACCGGAAUCCCGAGUCGAAAACGACGAUGAACAGGUUGCUGAAGAAGAAUGUCAUUUACCAGCGGAGACUUCUGUCGAAGAGAAAACAUCUGAAACUCUAAUGGAUUCGGUACAAGAGAGUGCUGUUCAAGAGGAACCCACAACUGUUGCUGAAUCCCAGGUGGAAUUUGUUGAAGAGCCGGUCCACGACCAAGAAAACCAGGUGCAUAUCGAAGAAGCUGUUGAUGAGAAACAUAUUUCUGAAAUUGAAGCUCAAAUUGAGUGUCUUGAAGAGGAAAAUCAACCUGAAACUAAAGAAAAAAUUGAAGAAUUGCCACUAUCUGAAGUUGAAUCUGUUCAGGAGACAGUGGCCCACGAUGAAAAGGCUAUCCAAAUUGAAGAAGCAGUUGAGGAGCAAUUUACACCAGAAAUCAAAUCUUCCCUCGAACAAUCUUUCACAGAAGAAGUAGGCCAAACCCAAUCUUUCGAGGAAACUCCUCAAUCAGAACAGACACUUGUUCAGGAGCCCUCAGAAGACAGCAAAUCUGAAGAGGUUGAAAAAGUUAACGAAGCACCUGUAUCCAUUUCAGAAUCUGUUCAAGAAUACAUACAAGAUGAGAGUCGGGAGCAAAUUCAGCAAACUGUUGAAGAGUUGCAAAUGUCAACAGUUGAAUCUGUCCAGGAAGAGGAAAAACAGGAAGCCUGUCUCGCUGAAGAAAAAUUAGACACAAAACCUGAAAAUGAAUUUGAUCAGGAAAUGUCUGGUAAACAAGAAGAUGAUAAAUUGCAGUUAGAAGAAACAGAAACCAAUCAGGAGUUUACCAAUUCGGAAGAGGGAGAAAGCAGCUUGAUGGACGGUGAAACAAUCGAGGAAAUAUUAGAAUCCGACAUCGACUGUGGCCGAGAUCUAACAAUCGCAGAAGAUGAACAAACAAAUAUUGAAGAUAUUACUGAAGAUGGAUUGGAUGCCGAUACCGAUUUUGUUGCUGAAAUACCUGAUAUGCCGAAAGACGAAACUCCGAAUAAAUUUGAAGAAGAACUUAUUUUGCAAUCAACGGACGCAGUGCCACAGGAAAGCCAACCUAAAGUUGAAGAAAUUGCCAUUGCUACUCCUUGCAGUAAACUUAAGCAACAGGAAGCCAAUGCAACUAAUGUUCGUCAAGGAUCAGAGGAACGUAAAAUGACCGUAAACGUUUGUGGCAUGGAUGUUACAGCGUGCAUGGAAGACUGCGGAAAGAUGCCGACUGGUUUGCUGCCUAAAGUAACAGAAAAACACCACGUAGUUAAACACGAACCCCACGACGCGGACAGGGUCAUUUCCGUAUUUCUGGAUACAGCCAUCAGACCCGACAGCCAUCUAGUCGUCUCCGAGGCUGAAUGCUCCGCCGAAAUUGUUCCUCCAGAGCAGCUGGAUCUCGAUGAAAACGAGUACGAAACGAGUCCAGUUGUCUUGUCAGGAAAGAUGACGCUUUCUGUGAUCGGAAUGGAACUCAAUGCAGAAUCUCCUGAAAUUCAGGAAGAACCGCUUUACACCGUCGAGGAACCUGAUGCAGCUCCCCGUGUUCGAUUUUCCGAGCCGACUGACAGAGUCUUUUUGAUACCAGUCGAUCCAGAGGAAGAGUUGAUUCCAGAAGACUCAUACUCACGACAUGACGAAUUUAGAACAGAAGAAGAGGACGAGCAGAUUGAUAAUCCAUCCGUGGCGUAUCGGCCUCCUACACCCCCUCUUCAUCAUCUGGAUGAUAACGGUGAUGCAGAAUUUUUAACUUAUGAACAGCUAGAAGAAGUUGGUGAGGUGGAUGUCCCUGCUGACGAAAUUGAAAAAGAAUGUCACCAGGAAAUUCCAGUUCCGGAAACUACCGAAACUUUGACGGAAGAGACAACAGAAAUAUUAGACACUGUUCGUUCAGAAGAUUCAACUUUACUAGAGACCGAAUUACCUGUAGGAGUUGAUCAAUCGUUGAUAGACGCCGUGGAGUCACAAAUCAUUUCAGCCGAAGAAAAAGAAGCUUUAGAGGAAAGCAAACUUCACGUUCCAGACGUGUCUAAUUAUGUAGAGACCAUCGAAGCUAUUCCAGCCGUCGACGAACACGCUAGCAUUGGACAAAUGGUUGAAAAAAUCAGGGUAGCUAUGGAAGAAUCUUCUAAAACUGUGGAUGACGUGUCGUCGGUGGAAGAACCCACACAGCAAGACGAGACCAAAUGUACUGAAGACGAAACAGAUGUGUCAUCAAAAGAUGUUACCUUUGGUAAGGACGAAGAAUACGUCCCAACGCAGACUACUGAAUCUGGACGAUCCAUACAAAGUGCUCUUGAUGAAAUGGUGGAUUCUAUCAUCACAGAAUCCAUAGCAAAUUCCGUUGUCGAGUCUCUUCGCCGAGAAGAAUGUGAUACGUUGACUGAGAAUGUCAACACGAGUUCGGAAAAGCCAGAUGAUGUUACCGAAAUGCUAUCGGCCAGGACAGAUGAAGUGCCGGAUUCAGAAACCGAAAAAGCCCUCCUCGAUGCAGACCAUCAAAUCAUAUCUACAUCAGACUCGGCUGCAAAAGCAGAAAAUGAUUUCGAGCGAAAUCGCGAAGUGGAUGAAAUAGAACACGCCCUGGAACAGAUCGAAGUGAGCCUACACAAAGAGGAACAAUCAAGGCAAAGGACAGAUGAGGAGGAGAAAAAUGUACCCAACCAAACAGCGGUGGAUAGCGAAGAAUCGGAGCCAUCAAUUAGCGGCUUUAUCAUUCGUGAAGAUUUCCCGGAAGAAGACGAAACACAGCCCAUGACUGAAGAAGAGAUCCUGCAAGCUCGACAGGAAAUCGAAGAGAUCAAAAAACUAUUGGCUGAUGUUUCCUCUGGGGUAGUCCAUCAAUCAACAUCCCAAGUACCCACUGGAUCUUUGAACAUCGUCACAGAAUUGGCUUAUGCUAUGGCUGAAGAAGCUGCUUCAGCAGCUGCUGCAAGCAAAGGGUCAUCACCUGAUAUGGAUGAAUAUGAAGUCAUUCAGUCAACCAGGCCAGCAGAAUCAUCAGAAGCUUCACUCACAGGGGCAGGUGCCAUUGCAUCAGAAAAGUCUUCUUCCACAAACAACGACAGUUAAGACAUUAACAUUAAACACCAGGAGCAUUCAUCCGACAAAAGCCCGAGAUCGAACACCUCGAAUGAUAAUAUUUGGUCAAUUCCUCUUGUUACCUGUAAAAAAAAAGGCAAAGAUCAAUUUCAGAGAACUUUUAUUGUAGCUGUGCAGAUAUUUUUAGCUCCAGGUAGCUGAGAGGAAGGUGGUCAUCAAAAAUCCAAAUCAACUUCUUAUUUUCUCACAUACGCCUUAAUGUCUUGUUUGUAAUCGAGGCAGUUAUCCUGACGAGCUCUUCCCUUCGUACGAAACUGGUCUCCAUCUUCCCUUCAAAAACUUCCUUGUCUUGUGUUAUCCCACCGCAGUUGUUGUCCUGAUAUUUAAAAUGAUUCUGAGUAUUUACGUCUGCUUUUUGACUUCUUUUCUUCCUGUACGAGUUCGUCAGUAGAAAUUAGAUUUCUAUGGUGUGAGACAACCAAUACAAUCAAGGUGAAA